UACUACUUUCGAAGAAGCUUUCAUCAUCGCCUAUGUUUUGUUUAACCCUCUGGCUCUGAAGAGUGGGAGUAAUGUCUCGUCUUCACCAUUGCAAAAUCCCCAAUUUCUGUGUCCCUCUUCCUCCGUCCUACAUCUCAUCGAUAGGUAUUACCAGUGCACCACCACCACCUCAUCGGUCUCUCCUUCGCCCUUCAGCUAAAUUCUCGCCACCCCGCUGCUCUCUCAACCCCAAAUUCCCCUCCCGUUCUGCUCUACCCCCAAAAAAGUCUGUCCCACUCCCAGCCCGUGACCGAAUCAUUAAAUUCGGUAAGCACAAAGGCAAGAUGCUAGGGGCUCUCCCUUCCGCCUAUCUACAGUGGAUGUACAAGAACUCCGUAGUGUGGCCCGAUUUCGCCAAGGAAGUCCUGGAUGACCCCGUUUACAAGGAUCGAAUCGAGUGGGAGUACGUACAGAGAAUCUUGCACGGCGACUUUGGUGGUGCCAGAAUAAGAGAACAACACCAAUCCGAUGACGUGGUUGCUGAUAUAUAUGAAAUCGCCGAUAAGUUCGAUUGGGACAUGGAGGACAAGAGGGGGUGGAGCAAGGUCGAGCUCGAGCUUCUUGGGACCUCUUUUAGCGGACCAAUUCCGAGGAAGAACGAGGCGAAAGCAUGGUGGUCGACCAAGUUGAAGGCUAAGGCUUCUCCUAAAGAAGAAGCGAUGGUGGGUAUGGGACACAGGAGGAGAGAGAGGAGGGAGAGGAGGAUUUUGAAGAGCGACAGGGAACUGGGAGUGGGAUUGGAAAGGAGAGAAGAGAGAGUGACGGUGAAGACAGACGGGGAAUUGGGAGCCGCGGAGGAGGAAUCGAGAUCCGACGGUGAUGGUCAGGUGGUGCCUGGGAAGAGUCAAGAACCAACGGUGCGGAAAGGGAUUAGCUUUCCUGGCCGUGAAUCACUCUUGAAGAAGGCGAAGGUGAUGAAUAACCGUAAAAGCUCGUCCUCGUCUGAUUAAUCUUCGUCUUUUGUACUAGUAGUAGUUAUAUUUGCAGUGAAGUGAAGUGAAGUGAAGUGAUAAUGUCGUUGUAUUUCUGGUGUUGUUUCGCUUCUGGUUUAUACCAAAGUCUUUACCCUUUUCUCGUUUCAUUAAGAUGCUUGGCUUGGCUCGGGAGGGAUCAUCCAAUGUGGAAAGACUUGCUCCUACUGCUGUGACUACUAUCUCACUGUUCCUUUGAUUCACAUAAAACUUUGUUUUUGUUAUGUAUGCAUAAUGUGUGGAUUUGAGAACACAUAGACCUCUUUAGGCAAAUUUACAAGUAUUACACUCUGGGAUGAAUAGAUACAUGUUUAAGCAGCAA